AUGAUUCAAAAUGCUGAACUUAGAACAAAUUUACAAAUUGCAAUCACAGAUCGAAUCAAAGCAGUGGCUAACGCUCGAAUAGCUGGUAUUAAUCAAGUGACACGACAGAAAUUAGCUGCUUUAUUUUCACAAAGACGAACGCAAGCUGUUGUUGGUCACGCACCGUGCGGUUCUAUUCCUCCAUCAUGGAAAAUCGGAAAUGAUAUCAUAUUAAAGGACACAGAACAAUGCUCAGAAGGUUUAUUACUUGCUCAAUCGAAAGAAAAAUGUAACACAGGUACUUAUAUCACAUCAUGGAAUACAGUCGAAAUAACAGAACCAUUGAGAUAUGAGCAUAAUGCAAUAACGGGAAUAUUUCGAUCAAUACGUGUGAGAGAUAUUAUAGCUGAACAAAAUAUCGAACGUUUCGGUUCCUGGGUUAAAUCUGGCUACUCAUUGCUACCAAUAUCAUGGACAAAUAUGAAUAAACCACCACCAUCAUUAACGAUUGUAGCAAUGAUUUGCACUGAUUUUGGUGCACUGCUUGUUGCCUUGACGCUUUGUAUUGCAACAACAAUUCUGACAACACAACAAACAAAACUCAAUCAAGAAACCUGUCAAAAUGAUAUCAAUCUUGCAGGAGAACAGCAUCAACAAGAUAUUUACCUCGCCAAUCAAGAAGAAAAAGAACGAAUCUUGACGACAUAUUUACACGACAGAUCAACAUUACUUUUGAACAAUUAUACAACACCCGAUAAAUGCAAUCUAACUUCUAAUAUUAUACGAGCCAAGGCACUGACAACAUUGAUUCAAUUAGAUGCACAACGUAAGCGACAAAUACUCUUAUUUCUAUAUGAUACUAAAUUCAUUAUGCGGAACAAUGAACGUUUAUCAAUUAAUUUAUAUGAUGCUGAACUUGACAGUGUCGGCAUGAGUUUUCCAAGAACUAAACAAAGAUUGUAUACAACAUAUGAGGCUGUGGAAAUACAAUUUCGCGGUGCGUUCCUAGUGAAUUCUUUAUUUACGUGGCAUCGCCUCAGUUUCUCAAAUAUGCAGAAUGGAUAG